ACAAUUAACCUAAUUUUCUGUUUAAUUUUUGUUUAUUCAAUUGUCUUGAGUAUAAAAUGUUGUUGAUUAAUAGAAAAUAAAUUUAGUUAAUUUUCACCUUACCCUUUGACCGUUUGUCUUUCAUCAAAAUGUUGGAGUUUUUCGUUUCUCUGUUAAAUACCAAAGAAAAACUGGGAAUUUCAUGGUUUAUUCUUUUUUGGUUAAGUGUUACGCUAAUUGUUGGAGUUAUUGGAAUUUUCAUGUUAACCUGUGAGAAAGUGUUACCAACUUGGUUGGUUGUCCUUUAUAAAUAUGGGAAAACAUUGGCAACUUUAAGUAAUGGUGAACGUAAUGCUUAUUCAGCUGGGUGUAUGAAAUUUCUGAUGAUCAAGAAAAAAUAUUUCUCUCAUUUCUAUGCGAUUGCUGGUAUAAUUAAUUUGAUUGUCAUUUUGUCCGCUUACUUGUAUAAGCUUAAGAUAAGAGAUUUUGUUUAUCCAACAUUGAAAUUUAUUUUCGGUGACAUAAAUUAUGUUGGACUUGAACCCUAUUCUUUCUCAGUUAUUUGUCUGAUGCAUAUUACUCGAAGAUAUCUUGAAUGUGUCUUCAUUUCUGUAUCAUCUGAUAAUGAGAUUAACAUUAUACAUUAUAUGACUGGAAUAGUUUUCUAUUUAAGUAUCGCCUUAUUCAAUGCGAAUAAUUUGUACGCGACAGUGCACUUUAUAAAAUGGGAACGACUUUUGAUUACAUCAAUUGGAUUUAUUAUCUUUUUCAUUGGCCAAACCAUUCAACUCUGGGCUCAUUAUGAAUUAGCCCGUUUACGACAUGAUCCCAAUUCCAUUAGAAGUUCUCGAUUUCGAUUUGUAAGACGAGGCACUUAUUAUUUUCCCGAUGGCAGGUUAUUUAAAUAUGUCUCAUGUCCAAAUUAUGCCGCUGAAAUAAUUACUUACACUAGUUUAUACCUUUUAACUGAUUUCAAUUACAAUUGGUUGGCACUUUACAUUUGGGUUAUAGUGAAUCAAAUUAUCUCAGCAAUAUUAACUCAUCGAUGGUAUCAAGUUGCUUUCGCUGAACUUUAUCCAGCUGAUCGACGUGCAAUUAUACCUUUUUUAUUGUGAAUUUGACCUUUACUGUUACGGUCAGAACAAAAUUGUGUAAUAUUUUUUACAUUUUCACUUUGCAAUUGUUGACAAAAUUUAAUUCCUCUUCUAAAAUUGUUUUUAUAAUUAACAAAAAUAUUCUAUUAUGAAA